GUGAUUUUUCGCUGUGGCUUCGGGAGGAGCGAGCAGAGACUGACUGCCUGGAAGGAACGGGAGCGUUAGAGACGGAGACGGAGCGAACGAGUCCGAGCGACGGCGAAGGAGCCUGAAAGGGAAAAGGACCCCCGGAGGCUGCGAGCAUGGCGGUCGAAGAGGAAGGUCUCCGAGUUUUCCAGAGCGUGAAAAUAAAAAUAGGAGAAGCCAAGAAUAUUCCUCCAUACCCAGGGCCCAACAAGAUGAGGGACUGCUACUGCACGGUGAACCUGGACCAAGAGGAGGUCUUCAGGACUAAAAUGAUUGAGAAGUCUUUAUGCCCGUUUUAUGGAGAGGACUUCUAUUGCGAAAUCCCACGCAACUUCCGCCACCUCUCCUUCUACAUCUUUGACAGGGACGUCUUCAGGAGGGACUCCAGCAUUGGCAAAGUAGCAGUGAAGAAGGAGGAUUUGCAGAAGUAUCAUGGCAAAGACACCUGGUUUCAGCUGCAGCCUGUCAGCGCAGACUCAGAGGUGCAGGGAAAGGUUCACCUGGAACUGCGCCUGAGUGAGGUCAUCACAGACAGCGGCGUCGUCUGCCACAAGCUGGCAACCCGAGUGUUGGAGUGCCAAGGCCUGCCCAUCGUUAAUGGACAGUGUGACCCCUAUGCUGCAGUCUCCUUAUUGGGGCCAUCCAGGUCAGAAGCCAAAAAGACCAAGGUCAAGCGGAAAACCAACAACCCUCAGUUCGAUGAAGUCUUCUAUUUUGAGAUCACCAGACCACUCAGCUACACCAAACGACAGUUUGACGUGGAGGAGGAGGAUGUGGACAAGCUAGCUCUCAGGGUGGACCUCUGGAAUGCCAGUAAUCUGAAGUUUGGGGACGAGUUUUUAGGAGGUGUACGGGUGCCACUGAAGGUUUUGGGUCAGGCGGGCGUUCAUGAUGCAUGGUACUUCCUGCAGCCAAGGGAAAACGGUAAUAAGUCGGUGAAGGCUGACGAGCUGGGCUCUUUAAGACUUAACAUCGUUUACACAGAAGACCAUGUCUUCCCCUCAGAGCGCUACAGCCCCCUCACUGACCUGCUGCUGCAGUCCGCACAAGUGGAGCCUGUCUCGGCGUCAGCAGCCCACAUCCUAGGAGAGGUGUGUCGGGAGAAGCAGGAGGCAGCCGUCCCGCUGGUGCGCCUCUUUCUGCACUAUGGCAAAAUCGUGCCUUUCGUCAGUGCAAUCGCCCAUGCAGAGAUAAACCGCACACAGGACCCCAAUACGAUAUUCCGAGGCAAUUCACUAACGUCGAAAUGCAUCGACGAGACCAUGAAGCUAGCAGGAAUGCACUAUCUACAGGUCACUCUCAAACCUAUUAUUGAUGAGAUCUGCACUGAACACAAGUCGUGUGAAAUCGACCCAGUUAAACUGAAGGAAUCAGAGAAUCUGGAAACUAACAGGGAAAACUUGCGGCAGUACGUGGAUCGCAUCUUCAACGUCAUCACCACCUCUGGCGUCAGAUGCCCCACCGUCAUGUGCGACAUCUUCUUCUCCCUCCGAGAGUCCGCCGCCAGCCGUUUCCAAGUGGACCAGGACGUGAGGUACACAGCAGUCAGUAGUUUUAUUUUUCUGCGUUUCUUCGCCCCAGCGAUCCUAUCACCAAACCUUUUUCAGCUUAGACCGCACCAUCCGGAUCCUUGCACAUCAAGGACCCUCACACUCAUCUCCAAAACUAUCCAAACGCUCGGAAGUCUUGCGAAGUCCAAAUCAGCCAACUUUAAAGAGUCUUACAUGGCUGCAUUUUACGACUACUUCAACGAGCAGAAGUAUGCAGAUGCUGUGAAAAACUUUCUGGACCUGAUUUCAUCCUCUGGGAGGUGGGACCAGAAGAGCAUUGAGACACCGAUCAUGUUGAAGGAAGGAUUUAUGAUCAAAAGAGCGCAAGGGAGGAAUCGCUUUGGCAUGAAAAACUUUAAGAAGAGGUGGUUCCGUCUCACCAACCACGAGUUCACCUACCACAAAACCAAAGGUAACUCAAAAGGUGAAGGUGCUCUGUGUAGAAUCCCUAUUGAGAAUAUUCUGGCUGUGGAGAGAUUAGAGGAGGAGUCUUUCAAGAUGAAGAACAUGUUUCAGGUCAUCCAGCCAGAGAGAGCUCUCUACAUCCAGGCCAAUAACUGCGUGGAGGCGCGCGACUGGAUCGAUAUCCUCACCAAGGUCAGCCAGUGCAACCGCAAGCGCCUGAGCAAGUACCAUCCCUCUGCCUACCUCAACGGCCACUGGCUGUGCUGCAAGCAGUCCAUCGACUCGGCCCCCGGCUGUACGCCCUGCACUGGUGGCCUGCCUGCCAACAUCCAGCUGGACAUAGACGGUGAUCGAGAAACAGAGCGAAUCUACUCUCUCUUCAGCACCUACAUGUCCAAACUAGUUAAAAUGCAAGAGGCAUGCGGCAGUAAGUCUGUUUAUGACGGACCCGAGCAGGAGGAGUACUCUACAUUUGUCAUAGAUGACCCACAAGAGACCUACAAGACCCUGAAGCAGAUUGUCUCGGCUGUGCAGACACUGGAGCAGCAGCAUGCGCAGUACAAGCGCGACAAGUUCAGGAAGACCAAGUAUGGUAGCCAGGAGCAUCCAAUCGGUGACAAGAGCUUCCAGUGCUACAUCCGCCAACAAUCGGAGAGCUCCACCUACUCGAUCUGACCACGUUGCCCAUUGCCACGAUGCCCUUUUCUCUGCAGUGAACACCACGGCAAUGAUCGUACGUCACAGGAACAAUCAGUCGUGAUUGAGGGAAUGAAAUGGAGAAACGAGAGUGAGAUUACGCGUGGAAGAGUCUCACACAAAGCUAUACCUUUUUGUAUGAUGUACAAACCCAAUCAACAGCUUUUCCACUGAACUCUGUGUCAGUGGCCAUGCACUUUAAUCGUCAGACCUGACGAUGUAGCUCUGCCUCAUGGCAGGUUUUAAAAAUCGAAAUGCAAUUUUUUUAAAGAAAUGGAAAAAAACGAAGGAAAAAAUACAGAUUCACCAAUGAGGGACUUUGUUUUUGGUCUCGAGUAUUUUAUUGUGUCCCUUCUUAAUCUUCAGGACCAAACUGUAGGUCUGUGAAUCUAAUGCUUUCAUUUUUUCCUUUUUUAUGGCAGCAAGAAACUCAUUGGUGCAUGCCUAUUAAUUACAGCCUUGCAGCCAAUUCCAGUUCAGAGACAUUUGGAACCUGCUGACUAUAAGUUUGGGAUUCGGUUGAAGGGUACACAUUCUUCUGUUUCCAGUGAAGCAGCAUCUGUUAUGAAAUUUGAUGCUUUUUGCCCAGGUGAUAUAAGUAUAGCCAGAGAAUAGCCCUCUUCAAAAAGUGCCCAAGUCAAAAUGAGUAGAGGCUUAAUUGUUCUGAAUUGGGAUGUUGACUGGAUUGGAUUUGUGUUUCAGUGGACCUGUGUGAAGCAGAUGUUAACGGUAACCAUUGUUUUGUUAUCCUUAUAAUGACAGUGUCUAAGAUGUGCUCAUUCAGAUUGAUUGUCAUUAUGGGAGUUUUUUGCCAUUUUGUGGAAUCAGAAGUGUUUUCUUUGUUUUUGCCUGCACCUUUCCCUUGUUUAGACGUGUUGCAGUAUUGAUCCAUCCU